GAUAAAAUGUCAAUUUUUCGAAAUUCAUCUUUUUUUAGUGCAGCUACGCGACCAUUUCUAAAGACAAAGGAAGCCUCUUGAUAAUAUACAAAAAAAAUCAACGCCUGGAGAUUUUGCUUUAGCCAAGCCUUCUAAUACUGCAGAAUAUGUACUUUCUACCAUAGACCAAGUUGUAAAUUGGUCUCGUCAGGGCUCGAUUUGGCCUAUGACUUUUGGUUUAGCGUGUUGUGCAGUUGAAAUGAUGCACAUGGCAGCAGCUAGAUAUGACCAAGAUCGCAUUGGAAUUGUAUUUCGUGCAUCUCCUCGUCAGUCCGAUGUUAUGAUUGUAGCAGGUACAUUAACUAAUAAAAUGGCUCCUCCAUUAAGAAAAGUUUAUGAUCAGAUGCCUGAACCUCGAUGGGUAAUUUCUAUGGGUUCUUGCGCAAAUGGUGGAGGAUAUUAUCAUUAUUCCUAUAGUGUUGUUAGAGGAUGUGACCGAAUUGUUCCCGUAGACAUUUAUGUUCCCGGAUGCCCUCCGACAGCAGAGGCGCUAAUGUAUGGUGUAUUACAACUGCAGAAGAAAAUGAGGCGCUCUAGGACUACUCAACUUUGGUAUCGUAAGUAACCAAGUUGGUAACUCAACAUAUGUUUCUUAUUUAUAAAUAUUAGUAAAUUACGAAGCAAUAAUUUAAGGGUAAAUUUAAUGAUUGCAUAUAUGACGUAUGCCAUAUUUCAUGCGCUCUAUAUGCAAGGAUAAAAGAAUACUUAACCAAAUGUUUCUGUCACUAAUAAUUGUAUUCAAAUAAACAUUUUAAUUUCUUGUAUGCCAAGAACUUGUACAAAAUUUUAUUACUUAGAUGUAAUAAAAAGGUAAUGAUUAAUC